AUGAGCAAUACGCAAGGUCAGUCGUGGACAGAGACAUUCUUCACUGACUGGCAUCUACCAGAUUGGAUCAAUGCAGGCCAUGAAGAUAAGCAAGAUGUCAGACUUUUCAAUCCGCAGAAGAAAUGGAUACUGGGAAGAUCCGCAGAUACCGGACGAUACUCUGAGUUUGGCAGAAUACAAGUUCUGUGGCUAUAUGUCCGACGUGGAGGGAUAUUCUACCGCCAGCAUGUGGCUAAGAUUUUCCCAGAGUACACUGAACAUGAUGCAGAAAUGCAGCUUAGACGCCGGCCCCCGCGUUUCCCCAAGACGGCCAAGGAGCUUAAGGAUGAGCUUGAUUGGUUUACCAAUGAACUUAAAGUGUUCAAUCGCAUUGACGCGUCAUGUACAAGCUCUCAAAGGAUAUACUUUCCUGGGUUUCAUGGUGUCAUUACCGAUCUCGAGAAGUGUCUUAGCAGUCCCUACGCUAAACAUCGAGCCAUUGCCCUAGAAUGCAUCAGGCCAAAGCUUUCAUCACGACGGAUCCUAGCAGCAUGCAACGAACAUAGUCCUGGUAGUGAGUUCAAGGGAAAGCUGAGAGGUCUAGGUUCCCUGAGUGAUUUCGAAGUGGAUUACUAUGACUCCCUCUUCACUGACCGUGUUCGCCGACUUCUGACGUUGCACCGCCUUGGAAUCACUCAUGGGGAUAUUAAAGAUGAGCACUUCAGACUUCCGAUGGAUUUCUUUGACACAGUUCUAUAUGACUUUUCCCACUCAUACACCUUUUCACCGGUCAAGCCCUACUCAAUUAAUCGUGGUCAGCCGCGUCCAUUGAAGAAUAUAUCAAGGGGCGAACAGACCGAGGUCGAAUCGCUGGUAUUUGAACGAGCAGAAAAGCUAGACCUUCGUGAAUAUCUUGUCAAAACCACCGGGGCCACUCAGUCAGUGAUCAUGGAUGCUCUGUUUCAACCUCUCCAAGAGGAAUUGUUGGAACUAAUAAUCUUGAGGGUGAGGUUCCGGCCUGAUGGUUAG